GUUUGGAGGUGAGCGUGCCAAAGAUAGAUCUCUUGGACUUUGAUAAGGCGGAUUACUGGACAUCGCCGUCGCUCAGAUUGACGACAAGUUGCGUUCAUCUCAUUGUUCUUUCAUCGCCCUUCGCUCCGUCGACGCCGUCCGCGCUCUCUUUCUUUUCUUCCUUUGCUACGCUGCCCCCACUCUGCCCUGUAGCGCGUUGCUCCGGUCGCUCAGAUCCUGGGGUUAUGAUGCGCGGUCUGACUGUCACUUCACUCUGCGCGCUCGCUUCGGCGACCACGCUCGACCUCGCGAAGAGGGCGAGUGAUUCAGGAGGCGCGCAUGACGAAGGCACGAGCUAUGUGGCCCAAGGACAAUCUCCGCACGUCGCUCCAGGUGCGCUGGGCCGAACCAGCUACACGUACGUCGCUGGCGAAUGUUACGACGGGUCGAAUAACCCUGUGAUCUUCUAUUCGAGCGACAACAAGGCCUGGAUUCAGAACAACCAGACGAGCACUAACUGGGCAGGCAACAACGCGGCGCAGAAUAACCUCAACAGUAAAUAUUCAAACACGAAUUGGUACUUCGACAUAUAUGACGCGUACUUCAACGGGAGUGUGUCCAUCAAAGUCGAGCCGCCCGCAGGCGCGAAGUGCGAAUAUGAGGAGACGCAGGCCAUACCUUACAGCUACUUUCGUAUCGGCAUGAUGAGUCGGACGGGUGGUCAAUACAGCAGGAAGGACUACGACUCCAAUCCCUUUUACUUUCGCUUGGGCAGGUUCACCGAGGGCGAUUCGUACAGCUGCCAAUAUACUCCGCGGAAGAUGUUUGCUUCGCUCGAAUCCUCCAACAACGGCUACGACAACCUUCAAGUCUGGACGACCACCGCCAAGCUGAACGGCGACAAGUACGACAUCAGCGGAUCGGUCACGACUACGUACGCAAACGAGAAUAACUACUUCAACGUGCUUCCCUUCGCGUCGUCGAACACAACCACAGAGGCCGAAUGUCCGUCGCAUUUCUACGCAGCCACUCUGCUGCAGGAUGACAAAGUGACCAUGAACGGCUCUGUUUCGGCAACGUCGGCCGAGAUCAACUGGUAUUUCAUCGAUGCUGAUUUGGGUUGGUCAGUCACGGGCACGUUCAGCGGGCAAGCUUGGGAUGGAGGCGCAAAGCUUGACUUUUCAUCCAACUCUCCAACUCCUGUCACCACGGGUGAAGCGAAACGAGUGAACUGUGACAACUGCGAGUCGGAGACGUACGUAGAAAAGCACGAAAAGAGCAUUAUUGCCGGCACCGUCGUCGGCGGUGUUGUUUUCCUCUCCGUCAUAGGAGUAGGUGCCUUCUUCAUCUGGCAGUGGUGGUCAAAGAGGCACUACAAUGCGGCCAGACAGGUCGAUCACGACGAUGCAUUCGCCAUGGACGACCAUCAUGACGAGAGAGACAUGAAAGACGGAACAGCCAGUGGACUCCGCCCCAUUCCUUCUGAGCAAAAUCUGUUACCGGGCCACGGUGUUGAUACUUCGUACGACGCACACCGUAGCCCGAGCCCAGAUCCAACCGCGCCUGGACUUCCAGCCUACUCGGAUAAUUACACGCCAUUGAGAUAGCUCCCUGGAGCGUGUACAUUGACUUGGCGUUAUGUCUGUUGCAUUUUCUGGAGUCGCCUCAGUUUAGGCACGGUAUGGGAUAUAUAUUUCUACUUUGUACAUAAUCAGGAAGUCUUGGUUAUAGAACUGGGUUUAAAACAACAGAAAUUAUUCCUCCUCAAGCCGCCGUUUGCGUCGAGAGCCGCUUUUGCCGAGCGGAGUUAUCUAUCAUUCGCCCACAAGGAGGGCGGGAUGCAGCUUCUGUAUGACACAUGCAUCACCAUUCACUCACGAACACGUUCUCACCGACUGCUGGAAAGAUGGCGUCAGGUGAUUCUCGAAAGAGAUGUUCGAUGCCAAUUCCGCUGCAUGUCGACCUCAAAGUCAGAACACUAAAUAUCCUUUCUCCGCGACUUAAGGCAACUUUCCCAAUUCACUGCGUUCGUUUACAAAGCAUAUCCUGGCUAGGCCUAUCAAGACAAAGUGGAAGAAGGGCAUUCUGAGUGGGGACUAUUCUGCAGAAUACUGAUGCCUUCCACGAUUUGAUGCCUAGUUAAAGCGUAGCAUUAGGGUCUUGAUUAGCC